AUGUCUGAUCAGGAGAUGGAUGACUAUGACAUGGACAGCCUGUCUGACACAUCGCGGAUGAUCAAGGGACUUCCGCCUUACAACAUGGAUGAUCAGCUGCUGCCCAUGGAGCGCCGUAGCACCUGUGGCUGCUGGGCCUGGACAUGCCUGGUGGCAGCAAUGAACUCUUUGGCCUUCCUCUUGAACUUCCUCUUGAUGGCCGCCAUCUUUGCCAUUGUGCUCCUGCCCACCAUCGUGGUGGUCUACUUUGGGUUCCAGUGCCAUUCCCGGGUGCUCCACUCCACAGCCUCUUACUGCAAGACCAUCCUGGACGACAACAGCUCCUCCGCCCUGAUCAUCCUCGGCUUCGUCAUCAUGUCUCCGCUGAUCGUGGUGGCUAUGGCCAUCUACUGCGGCCUGGUCAGGCGCCUCCGCCUCUUCCUGUGCUUCCAGCCUUGGGCCCGGGCCGUGUACAAGGGCGUGAAGUGGCGGUGGUGCGAAGAUGGGGGGCUGUGCGGCUGCGCCAAGGAGUGGGGCAGCCAUGUCAAGGCCUGGGUUUAA